AUGGGGAUGCAAAUGGGCUAUCACAAGUCUUCAGCAAUCCAAGAUGCCUUGACGUGGUUUGAGCAAAGAGAUAUGUUCAGCAUGCAAAUGCAAAGCCUGAAUCGUCCUCGCAAUCUUGAGCAGAACGCCGACGACGAACUGGCUCUGUUGCUCUACGAUGCCGCUCCACAAAAUACUACGACCUCGGGUGGAGAAGUCGGUCAAGCACAGCCCGCCGCGAACGAGAGCCCAUGGCAUAGCUUCUUUGACAAAUCCGAUAUAAUAGGGUUUGGACGACGAAGCACACUCGAGAGAGCUUUUGAUCUUGGCCCCCGUCACUUCUCCUCCGUCCCGACUCCGGUUCGUUAUUCCUCCACAGAAGACCAGUUCUCGAUUCUGUUAGACAGAUACGACCGAGAAUUCUGUACGUAUCCGAUCACCACCGACGUGGAUAUCAAUCCAUUCCGAUACCGCAAAGAGACAUCUCGAGGCUCAAAGCAUUUGCUCCAUGCCAUCAUCGCGCUCGCGUGCCACCAUCGAGACGGAUAUCCCGUCCAGAACAGUCCAUCGAUCGAGUUCUACCAGCACAAGAACCAGGCGGUGGCAUUAUACAGGGCGGCGAUGGAGAAUCCCCAGAUCCAGGCUCAAAGCCUGAGUGCGUUGGAUACGUUGUUGGCUUUGUGGUGUAUCGAUUCUAUUGAGUCGGCGUUGAAUCCUUGGAGAACUCAUUUGUCACAUGCGUAUGCCCUCCUCGAAUUGUCUGGAGGAAUUGACGUGUGGUCGUUAUCCUUCCGGUCUCAAACACAAGUGACAAUGCUUUUGUGGUGGGACGCCGUGGUGGCUCUAGUAUCGCGUCGGCCCUGCGUAAUGCCAUAUACAUAUUUUGAGGCCGUUCUUCAAUGGGAGAGUUCACAGUUCUGGACCUUUUUCGAGCUCAUCGGUUGUCCGCGAGAACUUCUUGUUCCAUUAAUGCAAUUUGCCCAUUUGGCCGGUCAAUUUAACCGGUGGUCCCGCGGCAUGAACGUCACCAAAGCCGUUAUCGCCCAAGUCGAAGGCAACUUGCGCAAUUAUCAGCCUCCGGGCGAGGAUGAAGACGUGGAUUCCAGAGACGAAGAGAAAGUCCAAGAAGCACGAGACACGUAUCAUUGCUGCGAAGCCAUACGGCAUUCGCUGCUGAUUUAUGCACUUCGUGUUUUCUCGGAUGAUGACCGAUACAUGGACUCGUCGUAUAUGACCGCAAGGCUGAAAUAUCUGAGUCGCGUGAGUCUGGACCAUGUUUGUUCGAUUUCGCCGUCAUCAGGCACUCUGAAACAACUUCUCUUCGUGAUCUUAGUGGCCGGAGCCGAAACGAAUGAUGAUGACCAUAAAGAUUUUAUCCGCGGAUAUUGUCGGCGAUGGUUUGAGACGUUCGGAUAUCCCAUGUUCACGAGCGUGAUUGAGAUUCUGGAAGAGGUCUGGACGGGCCGAGAUGUCGUGGGUGAGGACAUCUGGUGGGGUGAUGUGGUUGAUUCGCGACAUCAUGGAGGAAUCGACGGUGAUCUUGUCUUUUGCUUCGGCUAG